CUGCAGGUCGCCGGAGAGCAGUGCAGCGCCGCCCGACCCUCGCUAGUGUUAUUGAGGAGGUUUAAGCAGGCCCUGGGAGAGGCCGUGCCCGUACCAGCUUAGUCUGCCAGUGUAUGGCAGUUGGUCCUGACGGUUUGACAGACUACGAAAGGAAGAUGAAUUCCCAGCAGAAGUGCAACAACUUCAUGCGCCAGUUCCGUGACGAUGAGUCGCGGGAACUGAAGAAGCUCACCGCCAACCAGUUCAUGGAGGUGUGGAGCCACUACGAUGCUGACGGCAACGGCUACAUCGAGGGCUCCGAGUUGGACGGGUUCCUCAAGGAGUUCGUUUCUUCUGUGAAUACUAACGACUCCGGAUCAGAGUCUGUGUCGGAUACCAUGCUGGCGGAGCUCAAGGAGUGCUUCAUGGAGGCGUACGAUGACAACCAGGACGGCAAGAUUGAGAUACGAGAGCUAGCGCAACUGCUACCCAUGGAGGAGAACUUCUUGCUACUCUUCCGUUUUGACAACCCCCUGGACUCUUCCGUUGAAUUCAUGAAGAUCUGGAAACAAUAUGAUGCUGACCAUAAUGGUUUUAUUGACAUUAACGAGCUGAAGAACUUCCUGCGAGACCUGCUCAAGGAAGCCAAGAAGGACCAGGAUGUUUCUGAGGACAAACUCAUCGAGUACACCGACACCAUGCUCCAAGUCUUCGACCAGAACAAAGAUGGAAAACUCCAGCUCUCUGAAAUGGCCAAAUUGUUGCCAGUCAAAGAAAAUUUCCUGUGCCGUUCGGUAUUUAAGGUGAGCCAGGGCGCCUCCAAACUCACCAAGGAGGACAUCGAGAGAGUCUUCGCCCUCUACGACAGGGAUAACAACGGUACCAUCGAGAACGAGGAACUGAAUGGCUUCCUGAAGGACCUGUUGGAGCUGGUGAAGAAGGUAGGAUACACAGACUACGACGCGCUGGACCUACAGGAGUUCCAGGACGCCAUCAUGCGAGGCUGUGACUUCAACAAGGACGGCAAGAUCAACAAGAAGGAGCUGACCAUGAUCCUGCUGGCGCUGGCACGACACGGCACCGAAGAGGAGGCGCAACCUGGUGCAGGUGGCGUGGUAGGCGCCAACCCACUGGCUGAGAUCGCUUCCAUCGGCAUGAAGGCCCUCAAGUUGCAGAAACUCCGUGUCCGCCACUUCGUGAACCGCACCCUCGGCGCCAACAGCACCACCACCAGUUAGUUCCAUGAGGGGCCGCGCUAAGCCACCGAAGGAGAAGAAGGAGAAGAAGAUGAAAGAUUUGCUGUGGGAGUCUUUUAGGUGGAGGUAGUGUUGGAGGAGGAGGCAGCAUUGAUUGGCUAAGUUUGGUAUUCUCGCCAGGUCAGGAUUGGUGGUUUUCUUUUGUCUUUGUGUUUUUGCGAUGGCAGGAGCGAGUGUCCCCUGAAGGGCUGCGGCACCACUAGGGGAGUGUUUUGCUUACCGCGCAGCGUCUCGUUGUCGUGUGCAUGAGAGGUUUCGAGAUUCUACUAAUGGUCGUCCGCUAGUUUGUAAGGUGUGCAGGAAGGUAAGAGACGAGUGCUCGAGAAGGAAUCAGUAGGUAGACGAUGGCCGAGAUGGAGGAAAGUGCAAGUCCCGUAAUGAUAGCUUCUUUUCCCCCUUCUACUCCUGGACUGUUUUAGCCUUAGUUUGUUUGUGUUGCUGCGGCGGCUGGGCUGGGCGCGGCCAGCCCGGUCUGGCGCCUGGUUUUGUAUCUUAAACGUGUCGGGUUGUGAGCAUAAUGAUGGCCACCUCUUGAGCUCGGAGACGUCUAGCUGUGCACGCUUCCCCAUGAUUGAGGGAGGUGUCUUGCCCGCUGAGACUAUCCACUCUACCUUUCCCUCUUCCUCUCCAUGUUUGGACCACCAAGGUUUCUCUCCAGUGAAAGAUGAUUGUAUAUUGUCAGCGACGAUUUGUAUUUAAUUUCUUGUAAUUUUGGUUUUCUUGUGGAUGCUUGCCGCCUCAGGGUGAGGCGGGACCACUGCUGCUGCCUCUGCCGCCGGGUCGCGCUUGGUUCACGAGAAUACACUGGACCCUUUGCCUUAGUGCUGUCAAGACCCGAAUGCUUUCCCUGUAAGGUUCUCUGCCACCCAUUACCGGUGUAACGUUUCACACGAGCAGCAUCUGAGGCAAUAGAUCUCGCUGAACCAACCCCAGCGUGCCAUCUCCCAAGCGACACCCCUCGCUUGCCUGCUGGCCGCCGCGACCCGGGGCUGCCUGCCGCUGGUCCCCGGAACCUCUGAACGAGCAAGUCUUUUGCGAUUUCGUUAAAAGUCAGAUCCGCACUCAUGUAUUUACUGCUUGUAAGAAUGUGUGGUACAAAUCUCCAGCACUUCAUAGCAGUUUGUUUAUCACUAAGUUUUCAAGACCUUCAGUCAGGAUCUCAUGAAAAAAUCAAAAUAAACUGGGAUGUGCAGCUUGGAAAGAGUCAAAACAGUAAAUGAACACAGAUGUUUUUGUUUGGUGUAGAUGAAUCCUGAAGCUUGUUGUGAGCCAUCUGUUUGUUCUGCACAUCCCCAGUCAAGACACGAGGCAUCCCAGGGAAGCCAGGCCGCACCCUUACCUUCAGACUUCUGCAAAAACAGUUUUGCACAAUCUUUUUACUCUACACAUCUUUCCAACUUUUGAAAUGGUCCUCUAUGCUCCAUAUCCUUUUGAAAAUAUCUUUAUACAGUAUAUGUUAAAGUGUAACACUAAAUGCUUAUUUUCUGAAAGUCCAUCAGCAGUGAAAGUGGUAAUAGCUGUUGUUAAUCUUGCUGGAAGGUGUAACACUCUCGGAAACACUGUUUUGAGGUGCAGCGCCAGGCGGGAGGAGCGCGACGCCCCGAGGCGCCAAGGCGUGUUUGAGUCUCGCCGCCGUUUAGUUAGUCGGCAAAAUCUGGAGGAGUGAGUGGCUGUGGUCCACCUCCCCGCCCGCGUCGCGCUGCUCCAUGCCUCCCUCCGCGGUGUGUUUCCCCUUCCAGGUCAUAUAUAUAUACAUAGGUGUUAAACCGUUAUAUUAAAGUCUCUUAGACAUAAUUCAAUACAAGGAAGUUAAUAUGAAUUACAUAUACUUAAAGCCUCUUGAGCCAUACUGAUAACGUGUCACCGCCGGGCAGCGUGCGGGCGGCCGCCCAUCGCCCCGGCGCGGCGCCGCCCACGCGGGCCGGUGGUUCCUCUGUGCAUGAAGUACUUGAUGAUGUCCAAGUAAUCGAGACGAAAAAAAAAUAUAUAUAUAGUGUUCCUUUCAGCCAUUGGUGAUACAAGGCUACACUUUCUUGUUACUUAUGUCUGUGUUGUUCUCAAACGUGGUGUGAAUAAAGAAAUAAAAAUAUAAAAAUAGUCUCGCGCUGACGCGGCGGUGCCAGAGGCGGGAGCGUGAAGUGUUGUCCUGCCCAGCCUGAUGUGUUUGGCCUGAGAUGAUUAAGGAAAACUUGACGGUUACGUAAAAGACAUUCCCUUGUAAUGUCAUCCUCUUACUAAGAAUCACAACUGCCGUUCCACUCUGGCACCACCAGCAAGAUCUGGCAACACUGAAAACCUUUGUGCGUUCCUGAGCUAAAUCUCGAGUCAACAAGUGAGCGUCCUGGCCAGCCGCCUCCUGAGGCCUCCAGCACAAACUGAACAAUGGUUGUCGGGUCUUUGACUUGUAUUGGUUUCACUUCAUUUAAUGUAAUACCAGUUUUCAAUAACGAAUAAAAAAUCUUCUGUUAA